UUACAAGAAAAACACCAAACGCAACGCACACAAAAGAAGAAGAAGUGGUGAGUAGGUAAACCGAGAGUGCGCUCAAAGUUAGCAAGCAGAGGAAGAGAAAUUGCAAUGGAUUCAGAUUUCGGCAUACCUAGAGAACUCUCCGAUCUGCAAAAAAUUCGAUCUCUUUAUCAACCGGAACUUCCUCCGUGUCUGCAGGGAACCGCUGUCAGGGUAGAAUUUGGUGAUGCAACUGCUGCUGCAGACCCGUCUGGUGCCCACACCAUAAGUCGAACCUUUCCGCACACAUACGGACAGCCUUUGGCUCAUUUUCUUAGGGCGACUGCAAAGGUCCCUGAUGCCCAAAUAAUUACUGAGCAUCCAGCAAUUAGGGUGGGAUUGGUCUUCUGUGGGAGACAGUCUCCUGGAGGACAUAAUGUUAUAUGGGGUCUCCACAAUGCUCUCAAAAUUCACAAUCCUAACAGCAUAUUACUUGGAUUUUUAGGUGGUUCUGAAGGUUUAUUUGCACAGAAAACUCUUGAGAUCACAGAUGAUGUUCUUGCAACCUACAAAAAUCAAGGUGGUUAUGAUUUGCUGGGACGGACAAAAGAUCAAAUAAGAACAACUGAGCAAGUUAAUGCGUCACUGGUUGCAUGCAAAACUUUGAAGUUGGAUGGUCUGGUUAUCAUUGGAGGGGUAACAUCAAACACAGACGCUGCUCAGCUUGCAGAAAUAUUUGCAGAAGCAAAAUGCCCAACAAAGGUAGUUGGGGUUCCUGUUACUUUAAAUGGAGAUCUCAAGAAUCAAUUCGUUGAAACAAAUGUGGGCUUUGAUACAAUUUGUAAGGUUAAUUCGCAGCUUAUUAGCAACGUCUGCACUGACGCUCUUUCAGCAGAAAAGUAUUACUAUUUUAUUCGACUUAUGGGCCGGAAGGCAUCACAUGUUGCUUUGGAAUGCACCCUUCAGUCACAUCCAAAUAUGGUCAUUCUUGGUGAGGAGGUUGCUGCAUCAAAGCUCACUCUGUUUGACCUGACACAACAAAUUUGUGAUGCAGUGCAAACCAGGGCAGAACAAGACAAAAACCAUGGUGUCAUUCUACUACCAGAGGGGCUUAUAGAAAGCAUUCCUGAAGUGUAUGCUUUAUUACAGGAAAUUCAUAGUUUGAUCAGGCAAGGUGUUUCUAUGGAUACAAUUUCUUCUCAACUAUCACCAUGGGCAUCGGCCUUAUUCGAAUUUCUGCCACCCUUUAUCAGAAAACAGCUACUUCUCCACCCCGAAUCAGAUGACUCUGCACAAUUAUCUCAAAUUGAGACAGAAAAACUUUUAGCUCAUCUUGUGGAAGCAGAAAUGAACAAGAGAUUGAAGGAAGGUACAUACAAAGGGAAGAAAUUUAAUGCUAUCUGUCAUUUCUUUGGUUAUCAAGCUCGGGGAUCUCUACCGUCAAAAUUCGAUUGCGACUAUGCUUAUGUUCUUGGACAUAUCUGCUAUCAUAUUCUGGCAGCUGGUCUAAAUGGUUACAUGGCAACUAUAACCAACUUGAAAAAUCCUCUAAACAAGUGGCGUUGUGGUGCCGCUCCAAUUACAGCAAUGUUGACUGUAAAGCGUUAUGGUCGUGGUCCUGGGGCCUCAUCGAUUGGAAAACCUGCUCUGCAUCCUGCUACUGUUGAUUUGAAAGGCAAAGCAUAUGAACUGCUGAGGCAGAAUGCAACAAAAUUUUUGAUGGACGAUCUCUACAGAAACCCAGGACCCCUUCAGUUUGAUGGUCCAGGUGCUGAUGCUAAGGCCGUAACUCUGUGCGUUGAAGACCAGGAUUACAUGGGUCGUAUCAAAAAACUUCAAGAGUAUCUUGACAAGGUGCGGACCAUUGUUAAACCAGGAUGUUCACAGGAUGUUCUCAAAGCAGCAUUGAGUGCGAUGGCUUCUGUGACAGACAUUCUUUCUGUGAUGUCCUCACCCUCAAACAGUGUGCAGCCCUUUUGAAGUACACAUUAAUAGCUCGUCUUCCUUCUGUUGAACUGUUCCUGGUGCCGGUGCCGGUGCCCGUGCCCGUGCCCCACAUUACUGGUUUUUCAACUUAUUUUUGUCUCAAUUUUCUUUUAUUUAUAUUCGAGGUGGACGUGUAGAUGCUAAUAACGAACUUGAUUAUUUCUUCUUUUCUUUCUGAUUUUUUUUUUUUUUUAGUCGUCCUUCACUUAUCUUGUGAAAUAAUUGAGAGAAUUGUGUUGCGGUUUAUGAAAAGAUGAGAUUUUGUCUAUGUUCUAUAAAAAAUGUUUUGACAUUUAUAUGCA